AGCGUGGCAUAUACAGACAUGAGCAUAUGGUAAAAGUGUUGGUGUAGCAAUCUCAAGAAAAUCAUGAGACCCCAAAAGUUCUAUAAAUAACCUUUCUAUUUAGACCAUAGUUUUAAUUCAUUCUCAAUCUUAGUCUUCCAUUAAUCAAAAACCAAAGUCCAAAAUCCAUCCUCUUGAGAGAUAAAAAAACUUUAGGCAAUGGCACUAUUAGACUUACAACUCUCAACCUCAUUACUCUUUUGCCUUGUUCCUUUGCUCUUCCUUUUUUUCGUCAAAUUCAAGAAAACAAUUACUAAUACCCUUUUAUCAUCCAAUAACUCUAGUAAGAUACCAAGAUCUUAUCCUCUAAUAGGUUCUUAUUUUUCCAUCUUGGCAAAUCACGACCGGCGGAUAAAAUGGAUAUCGGAUAUUAUCCUAACCACCCCUAACCUCACUUUUACUCUCAUUCGCCCUCUCAAUUUUCGCACAAUUUUCACUGCAAACCCUUCCAAUGUCCAACACGUGCUCAAAACAAAUUUUCAAGUCUACCAAAAAGGUCAUGGUUCGUACAGUACCCUCAAAGAUUUUCUCAGUAAUGGUAUUUUUAAUGUCGAUGGUGAUAUAUGGAAGUACCAAAGACAAGUUGCUAGCCAUGAAUUUAACACUAGGUCGUUACGUAAAUUUGUUGAGACAGUUGUUGAUACUGAACUUUCUGAACGUUUGAUACCAAUUCUUGCCACUGCUGCUGCUAAUAAAACUGUUCUUGAUUUCCAAGACAUAUUACAAAGGUUUGCUUUUGACAACAUUUGUAAAAUUGCUUUUGGAUAUGAUCCUGGCUAUUUGUUACCGUCACUUCCCGAGGCAGAAUUUGCUGUUGCUUUUGAAGAUGCUGUUCGUCUCAGCACUGAAAGAUUCAUUGUUCCUUUCUCUCUUAUUUGGAAAAUCAAACGAGCUUUAAACAUUGGAUCGGAGAAAAAACUAAGGGUUGCUGUAGAACAAGUACGUGAAUUUGCGAAAGAGAUUGUUAGAGAAAAACAAAAGGAGCUAAACGAUAAAUCAUCGCUCGAUUCAGCUGAUUUAUUGUCAAGAUUCUUGAGCACUGGACACUCCGAUGAAGACUUCGUUACGGAUAUUGUGAUCAGCUUUAUAUUGGCAGGACGUGACACAACUUCAGCAGCUUUAACAUGGUUUUUUUGGCUAAUUUCUAAACACCCUGAAGUAGAAUCACAAAUCAUGAAAGAAGUUGGAGAGAAAUCAGAAUCUUUAUUACUAUAUGAUGAAGUGAAAAACAUGAUGUAUACUCAUGCAUCUCUUUGUGAAAGCAUGAGAUUUUAUCCGCCAGUUCCAAUGGAUUCUAAAGAAGCAACAAAAGAUGAUAUAUUGCCAGAUGGUACAUUUGUGAAAAAGGGUACGAGGGUAACUUAUCAUCCUUACGCAAUGGGAAGAGUCGAGAAAGUAUGGGGCGAAGAUUGGGCAGAAUUUAAGCCAGAAAGAUGGUUGGAUAAAGAUGAAGUGACAGGGAAUUGGACGUUUGUGCCAAAAGAUGCAUAUACAUAUCCUGUGUUUCAAGCGGGGCCAAGAAUUUGUUUAGGGAAAGAAAUGGCCUUUUUGCAAAUGAAAAGAGUGGUGGCUGGUGUUUUACGGCGGUUUAAGGUGGUUCCGGUGGUGGAACAAGGGGUGGAGCCAGUGUUCAUAUCGUAUCUCACGGCCAAGAUGAAAGGAGGUUUUCCUGUUACUAUUGAAGAAAGGAUAUAGGAAUAUCCUAUGGUCAAUUGGUGAAAAAAGUAGUUUUGUUUUUUAUGUGUUGCUUUAAAUCUUUUGCUUUUUCAACUGUGCUACUGUAAUUCAUUUUGAUAUUCAUAAUUUGUAUUUAUAUUAGUUUUUUGACAACG